UUUGGGUUCAUCACAGUUCUGGCUUUAAAAGAACUUCAAAGUUCGAGAAUUUAGAGAAGUCUGUAUAGGUGCUGAUUCUCAGUUACUGAUAUGCUCCUUAAAUGAUUGAAAGGAAUGCCCUUGGUCGUGUCACUGGCUGUUUUUGAAUUCAGUAAUGUUAUUAAGGAGCCUAAACUUGGUGAAGUUUUUGUAUAUAACACAACAGCCCAUGCGGUAUACCAAAUAGCUAAAACUCAUUCUUCUUCUUCUUUUUUUGUUAGUUGUAAUUAUCUUUAUGGGAUACCCAUGGUUGAGGACCGUAUUUCUAUCUCUUUUUGCUAAUAUAGUUUUUUAUUUCUCAAAAAACAAAAGAAUUCACUUACAACUAUGUUAGAAAGUUCAAAGGAGGUGGUUACAAUUACCAAAGAGAGGUUUCAGCAAGGUCAAGAACUUGGGGGAGAUUUCAGCAAUUUACCAUUUUUUAUUUUUAUUUUUGACAACGAAUCAUCUAUUGAAUGUCAAGUAAAUAAUACUAAAUACUGCACUCGCUGCAUUACUCUAAUCAUCUAACCACCGUUGGCAAAUCAAUCCCGCUUAUCUUCACUGGAUGAAAGACUGAUUUAUUGCCGCGGGAUUUUCGGUCCGGCCAACGGCUCUGAACUGAACUACAACUGUGAGAAAAUAGAGGGAAGGUUUAUGAGUUAAAAAAGCCAACGUCUCUUCCUCUCGUAACUCUAUGUUCAAGUAGAUCUGUAGCUAUGGUAUUAUACUUCGGGUGAUGGCGCUCCAAUUAAAGACAAGUUGCACAGUUCUAGCCACAACUUCCCAGAAAUCAGCGUUCUUGUUUUCUAUUUUCUAUCCUCGCUGAUUGCUGUUUUGUAAGUGAGUUCCCAAAACGUUGCAUCGUAUAUCCAUUGCUUUUUGUCAGAAAUCUCUCUCCAUCUCUCGUUCUCUGGUUUCAUGGAGUUCUAAAAUGGGUAAAGUUAAAAUGUGUGGUUUAUGCUUUAACUUCCUGAAACUAAUUCCUUUGUUUUUGCGUGGUUAGUUUAUUCUUCUUCGCUCGUAUUGUUUUCUAAGUGGAUUUUUAAGGCGAAGGGUAGGCACGGACUAUGGUGGGGGCUGACGUGCUGUGGGCCUUUCUGGUUGUUCGUCUCUCCCCGCCCGUUUGCUUCAAAUGGGUGACUGGUUCCAGAAAAGAAUGAUUUGAGGAAGAGUCGAAGAGAAUACCAAUAGGUUGAAUCCAAAUGGCUUCUUCUCAAAUCGAAAUUGCUUCGCCUUUUGACUGUCUUCUGAGGAAUCACAACCAGAAAUGCUGGGAAAAAGAAAGAGAAGGCAACUCCAUAUUUCGGGCAUCUUUUCACAAGAACCUCAAAGAGAAGUUGAGAGAAGUCCACCCCUGUGUUUCCCUCCCUAGCCCAACAAAUUCUAAUGCUGCUUCCAGUAAGAAAUCUCAAUAUCUCAUUGACAAUUGCGAGUGUUGGGUGGGGGGAAAUAAGAGGAAUAGUCACAAGUUUGCACAGAACAGAAAUGAGGAUGUCAGUGUAGAAUCUUCAGACGUUCGACGCAGGCGCUCACGGAUACUUGAUCGGUGGGCUUCUAUUCAGGCCCGGGAUGUGAUUACCACAAUCGAGAGACAGAACCGGGAUGCUGAACUCUUGGCUCUCUCCAAGUCACAACCUGUGUCAACAAGGCAGUCAGCGUUUCUAAGAGGGGCUUCACCAACUCCAACAGAAAGUUCGGUUGAUAUCCCAAAACUGCAGGCUUCUUCCCUUGUUCGGAUGUGGAAGCAAUAUGAAGCAGAAGCAAUGCUGUCGAGAAGCCCGUCUGGCAGCUUGUGCAGUUCUGUUAGCAUUUCUAUUGAAAAUGCUUCAUUUCCAGAACCCUCAUCUGACUCUGAAGCUUGUGACUCUGAUGAUGAAAGAUGCGAGAUGUUGGCGGUUGCUGAAGAUUCUUCUGCAGAUUCAGAGUAUGAUCAGACAACUCCAAGCGAGAAAUACUCAUUUUCGCAGGACCAGAUUUCAGAAGUAAAUGAAAGCAAGAGGGCAAGAGUUGCAGAAAUCAUAAGAAGUCCAAGCUCUGGAUGUCAAAUCCAGAGUCCAGUGACUUCUUGGAGUGAUGAAAAUGAUCGGGAGCAGUUUCCCUCCAUGGAAAGUCCACAGCAUACCCACUCCACAUCAAGAAGAGAAUGGAGGAAUCUCCCAUGCGUUAGAAGUCUUUGCAUUGGAGAGGGGAAAGCAACAAUCGAUUUACUCAUGCAAAUGGAGCGUGAGAGGCAAAGAGAGCUAACUACACUGGUAGAGCGUCGCGCGGUAUCAAGGUUCCCACACCGAGACCUCAUUCAGUCAUUGAUAAAGCUCAGGUUCCUACAUGAAGUUGCUGCUCAAGAUCAAAAUCCCCCACCUUCAACAGCAUCUCAACUGGACCAACUGGAGAAUGGAAGAACCAUAAGAAGAAGUGUAAAAAAUGUCCUUGCUAGCGACUUCCAACUUGCAAUGGACCAAGUUAUCCUCUCUUACCCACAAAUAAAAAUGCAAGAACAAAACACAGAGGAUGAAGAAAUGAACACUACCCCGGAUCAAUAUCAUGAAGUGAGCUAUGAUUCUAAUUAUGCUGCAUACCCGAUGCUGCACCUACCAUUGAGAUCGAAAAACUGGUUUCAAGGUCAUGAAGAAAGCUGUGAUUCUAAUGAAAUUGAAUCUACAUCAUUGCAACUGCCGCUGCCAUCUUACUUCCAAGAGAGCUCAGAAAGCUCAUCAUCCAUAUAUCAUCAUUUUCUGAAUAUGGAAAUCAUAAAUGACUUGAGAGGGCACAUAAAACAGAGCACGGAAGAAGAUGAAGAAGAAAACCCUUCCGAGCAUCAAUAUCAUGGAGUGAGCUAUGAUUUUGAUCAACUGCCUCUACCUUCUGAAUUGAGAUCUAGAAACUGGUUUCAAGAUCAUGAUGAAGAAAGUGUUGAUUCAUAUCGAGUUGCAUCUACAUCAUUGCAAUUCCCACUGCCAUCUACAUCUUACUACCAAGAGACCCAAGAAAGUUCACCGUCCUUUAGUCAUCAUUCUCUAGAGAUGGAAGUCAUAAAUGACUUGAGGGGGUACAUAGAGCAGCUCCAUGAAGAGAUGUCAGCGCUUCGAAAAGCUGUAGAGAGCUGCAUGAAUAUACAACUGAAGUUGAAGCACUCUAUUAAGCAGGACAAUUCAGGCUUUUCAGCUGCUGUUUACCAUUCUCGUAAGUAAAGAAUAGAUAAAUCUAAUUGGCCAAACCAAAACUACAAAGUAUUUGAAUUUAAACUCGGUAUUUCAGUUUCAGAAUUGAUCAUGGGCAUCCAAAUAAUCAUCUAAUUACCCACCAUCAAUUUUAGAUUUUCGCCACAUGCUUGUACAUGGAAAAUAUUGGAUACCCUCUUAAACAUAGGUCUCAUCUAGAACCUUGAUAAUGCCAUGAAAUAGAUGAACUCGUUUCUUUUCAGUUGCCUUUUCCAGAGUAUGUUGUAGGAUUUGGUGAACUAAUUGUAAUAUUUGAAAACUGAUGCUUCCUGAUCACUGCUUCUAGACCAACUACCCCUGUUAAAAAAUAGUAAACAGUAUGUCUAUGUUGCUUUCUUAUUUUUCCAUAUAAUUCUCUUUCAUUAAUUGGAUGAUCCCAAUAAAACUGUAUCUCAAGAAGGGGAAGCAAAGGAGCUGUCAAAUUGGGCACCAAUAAGAAAGGGCAGUUGCUGUAUAUGCUAUGAGAUGCAAGUUGACACACUUUUGUACAGAUGUGGCCAUAUGUGCACCUGUUUCAUGUGUGCGCAGGAGCUACAGUGGAAUAGAGGGAGAUGUCCCAUAUGUCGAGUUCCCAUUAUAGAUGUCGUCAGAGAAUUCUCAGACUCAUAGAGUACUAAUAUUGGUCUGGAAGACCUUCUCAUUUUUGACACAAUUUUGGAAGUCUAAUUGGAUAGCAGCUGGUUUAGCAUAUAAAUGCAUUUUGAGUAGCGGCUGUGCUUUUUGUUUUGUGUACAGUAAAAAAUCUAAUACAUGUAACAGGUUUCUCCUUUUAAAUGUUUAUAUGUUAUGUAUCUGAACAGGUUCUUCUUUUUAAAUGUUUAUAUGUUGUGUAUCUGUAGAUUA